GUUCAGUAGUUCCCCUUUGAACCUGAACCUGAAAAAAACCCAAAUAAAUACAAGUAACAAUAAUAAUAAAACUUUGGGUUUUGGGUAAUUUACAGAGAAAAUAAAAUUAAAUUAGUUAACAUGACGAAAUUAUCAGAAGAAAAACAAUUGGAAAGUGUGGAAAGUUCUCGAGAAGCAUGUAAAGUAUUUGCGAAAAGAAUGUUAAAAACCCAAUUAUUUAUCGGCAACUUCAUGGAAAAACGGUAUGUAGAUCCACUAAAAGCUUAUAGAGACGUAGUAAAAAUAGACUCGAGUGAAAAAAACUUUAUCCAAAACAUAUUAGCAGUCAAGAAAAAAGUGAACAAACAACUUGGAAAUAAUUCGUUUUGGCUGGGAAUCACUGAGCCGAACACAGUUGGAGCCCCAGUUGGGUACAACUUAUGGGUUACCCUUCCAAUAGAAGUCUUUGGAACUUAUUGGUUUAAAGUGAGAACUGUAGAAUUUCUAUAUAACGAAAUAAGACUGAAAUUAGAUGUUGUACGAACGGUUGGAGAUAAUCCAACUUGCAGUGCUUCAGAUGUUGAGGACAGCAGAGAUUUCGAUUUGGUGACCACCGUCCAAGAUUUAUCAAACAAUUUCAAAUCUGGUUUAUUUGAUUUUCUCAAAACCAACAUAACUUUAAGCAAUGUCAAAGAAACUGUGAUAUUUUUAACUAUAUUGACUGGCACAAUAAUUGCAGGAGGCAUAAACCUAGUCAAAUACCUUAUGGAUUAUUUAUUGAAAUUUAUGAGAGAGGCUUCUAGCUUCAUAAAAGUUUGCACCCCAAUUAUAAUUUCCACUAUGGACUUAUUAAGGAAGAUGUUGCACAUGUUAUUAGCUUUUAUAAUAACUUUAGUGCAUGGAAAACCAAAACCACAGCAGCAGCUUCAAUAUCAGCCUUAUGCAGACCCGAAUUUUAUUUAUGGUAAUAGAAGAGCAAUUGGUUAUAAGAGACCAAGGUCUUCAGUCACUAUAACACCAUUAGAUUGAUGAAUAGAAAUUUAAUUUCAUAUUGCAUAGAAUUUAUAUAGAUCUUAUAGUUAACUAAAGUUUUAUUAUGCAUUUUUAUACUCAUAUACCUAAGCUUAUCUUUUCAUGACAUCUUUUGGACAGAUCUUAUAGUUUGGGGACAAUCAGUUUUUCCUCGAGUUUUUCAUUAAUAUAGUAUUUAACCAUUAUUAUUGAGAUUAUUAUGUUUAUUUUAUUUGUUCAAUUACAUAUAUAGUUCCUCUUAUAUGUAUGAGAUUGAUUUGUAAAUAAACUAGAUGUAGUGAA